CGAAAUAUAAGAAUGUCCCCGUUUCUGGCGUGGGGUCGUGGGUGAUGGUUGGUAGUUUGUCCCGAUCCGUAAACUCUAAAGCGCGAAAGAAAAGAACGCAAAAUAGGUCAUGUGAUCAAUAACGGAAUGUGCCGACAUUCGCACCAGCACUGCCAUUUUGGUAUUCACCCUACAGAAAACAAAAGAUGUCCAAUACCAUCGCUUUGUAUCCGUUGUCAAAUUUCACCUUCAGUACGAAAGAAGCUCAGCCUGAAGAGGAUCCCUCCGUUCAAGCCCGCCUGCAACGCCUUCAGAAUAACUACGAAGAUUAUGGUAUGCGCAGAACGGUCGAAGGUGUCCUAGUCGUACACGAUCACGGCCAUCCGCAUAUUCUCAUGCUCCAGAUUGCCAAUGCCUUCUUUAAACUACCGGGAGACUACCUCAAGCCUGGCGAAGAUGAGAUAGAAGGACUUAAACGCCGUCUAGACGAGCGCCUCGCCCCGAUCGAGGGUCAGUACGAAGUGGACACUUCCACGGAGAACGACUGGGAAAUCGGCGAUUGUCUGGCUCAGUGGUGGAGACCUAAUUUCGAAACUUUCAUGUAUCCCUUCGUUCCUGCUCAUAUCACCAAACCGAAAGAAUGCAAGAAACUCUUCCUUGUCCAAAUGCCUGAACGUAAAGUUCUUGCUGUACCAAAGAACAUGAAACUGCUCGCUAUCCCGCUUUUCGAACUGUACGAUAACUCUGCUCGCUAUGGUCCCCAACUUUCUGCUCUUCCGCAUCUUCUUUCUCGGUAUAAUUUCAUAUAUCAAUGAGAACUUUGCGCGUUAAGUUCUCGCUCGCUCACUUGACGAACUCCCCCCUCAUCAACUUCUUCCCUCUCCAAGACAGACUCUGUCAUUAUUUUAUCACCUUGAUGAAAAAAAGGUCCUUUCUCUUUUUUUUUUUACCCAGAAAC